UACUACUGGGAGUGCGGGCAGCGCCAGCCUCCCGUCGUAACCCGCCCCUCCGCGUCACGGGCGACGCGCAGGCAGAGAAAGCGGCGAGCCGGGCUGCUCGCGCACUCAUUCAGCGAGCAGCGGAGGCGGAGUGAGGAGCGCAGAGCCAGAGUGCGCGGCCGGGAUCCUUUCUGUGGGCUUUCACUGCACGAUCACAGCCGCUUCCCGCGGAGCUCCCGGGAUAUAAACAUGUGGGCGCGAGUCGGAACGCUCGUGCUGCUCAAUGUGCUGCUCGUGGACAUCGGUCGCGCCGGAGGAACUCACACGGCGUCCGAGUGCGAAUCGGGGCAGUUUCAGUGCAGGAACGGACGGUGCAUCCCGACCCUGUGGAGAUGUGACGACGACGACGACUGCACGGACAGCAGCGACGAGGAGAACUGUCCAAAGAAGACGUGUGCGACCACAGACUUCACCUGCACCAACGGACAGUGCGUGCCGGCUAAGUGGCGCUGCGACGGAGAGCCCGAGUGUCCGGAUGGUUCCGACGAGGCUGACGCCAUCUGCAGCCGCGACACCUGCCCACCAGAGAAAUUCGAUUGCGGAGGGGCGGUCAGCAAAUGCGUUUCGUUGUCAUGGCGAUGCGAUGGAGAGCGGGACUGCGAGAACGGGGCAGAUGAGGAGCAGUGCACUGCAGAUGCCAAGUCCUGCCCGUCCAAGGACUUCCAGUGCCGCAACGGGAAGUGCGUGGCGCCGAUCUUCGUGUGCGACGGCGACGACGACUGCGGCGACGCCAGCGACGAGGAGAAGUGCUCGGCUCCCACCUGCGACCCGCACCAGUUCCGCUGCAACGACUCCGAGUGCAUCCCGGCCCAGUGGAGCUGCGACGGCGACGCCGACUGCAAGGACAAGUCGGACGAGUCCAUGGAGCGCUGCGGCCGCCGCACGGAGCCCCAGAAGCCGCGCUGUCCCGCCGGCGAGUUCCAGUGCGGCAGCGGCGAGUGCCUGCACCUGAACUGGAAGUGUGACGGCGACGUGGACUGCAAGGACAAAUCAGAUGAAGCCCACUGUCCAUUGCUCACAUGUCAGCCCGAUGAGUUCCAGUGUGGAGAUGGAUCCUGUAUUCACGGCACCAAACAGUGCAACAAGGUUCACGACUGUCCUGAUUACAGCGACGAAGCCGGCUGCGUCAAUGUAACAAAGUGUGAUGGCCCCAAAAAGUUCCGCUGUAAGAACGGCGAGUGUAUCGACAGCAGCAAGGUGUGUGACAACGUGAAGGACUGCAAGGACUGGUCGGACGAACCCAUGAAGGAGUGUGGCCUCAACGAGUGUGCCGACAACAAUGGCGGCUGCUCCCACAUCUGCCGGGACCGGAGAAUCGGUUACGAGUGUGACUGUCCCUCCGGCUACAAACUCCAGGAUAAAAAGACGUGUGGAGACAUAGACGAGUGUGAGAAUCCAGACGCCUGCAGUCAGAUUUGCAUCAACUACAAAGGAGAUUACAAGUGCGAGUGCUACGAAGGCUACGAGAUGGACCCGUCCUCAAAGACCUGCAAAGCCGUGGGUAAAAGUCCGUACUUGAUGUUCACCAACCGUCACGAGAUCCGUCGCAUUGACCUGCUGAAGAGCGAGUACACCCAGGUGGUUCCCACGCUGAAGAACGCCGUGGCCCUGGACGUAGACGUCUCCACCAACAAGAUGUUCUGGUGCGAUUUGUAUCAUCAGAAAAUCUACAGCGCUUACAUCAAUGAGGCCAGUGACUCGUCGCAGCAAGUGACUCUGAUCGACUCACUCCUCUCCCCUGAGGGCCUGGCCGUCGACUGGGUCCACAAGAACAUCUACUGGACCGACUCCGGCAACAAAAGCAUCUCCGUGGCCACGGGAGACGGCAGGAAGAGGAAAGUGCUGAUAAGCACCGACCUGAGCGAGCCGCGGGCCAUCGUGGUGGACCCACACCAAGGGUUUAUGUACUGGUCGGACUGGGGAGGCCAGGCCAAAAUCGAGAAGGCUGGAAUGAACGGUGUGGACCGACAAGUUCUGGUGUCUGAACACAUCGAGUGGCCCAAUGGAAUCACCCUUGAUCUGUCCAACAGGCGCUUGUAUUGGGUGGACUCGAAGCUGCACCUGCUGUCCAGCGUGGACCUGAAUGGGAACAACAGAAAGGUGUUACUGUCGUCCCAUCAUCAUCUGGGACAUCCGUUCGCGCUCACUGUGUUUGAGGACCGCAUAUACUGGACAGACUUGGAGGAUGAAGCCAUAUACAGCGUCAAUCGGCUGACGGGACAUGACGUGGCGAAGGUGGCAGAGCAUCUGAACAACCCGCUGGACCUGGUGGUGUUUCAUGAACAGAGGCAGCCGAAGGCUCCAGACACCUGUAAUAUGGGAACUUUGCCCAACGGUGGCUGUGAGUACCUCUGUCUGAAGGCGCCUCAGAUCACAGACCACUCCCCUAAAUACACCUGCGCCUGCCCUGACAACAUGGAGCUGGGUCCAGACAUGAGGCGCUGUGCUGUGGUUCGGCCUAAAACAACUACGACGGCAGCUCCAACCAGCACCAGUACCACCAGUACCACCACCACCACUCCCACUACAACCACUACAAAGAGCACAACAGCAGCUAGCACAACUGUUAGCACCACUCCCUCAACCCCCCGUUCCACCACCACAAGCAUCACCACCAGCACCUCCUCCUCCUCCUCCUCCUCCUCCUCUUCCUCCACCACGCUACGGCCCCCGUCCAGGCGCCUGACGACGCCGGCCCCUCCUCAGACCCCCCGGAGCACGUCCACGGCGCAGCCCCGGACGCCCGCGGCCACGAGCACGGAGACGACCGGCUUCACCAGAGCCAGUCCCACGUCUACGUCCACGCACGCGCCCAUGUUAAGUGCAGCGGCCCCCAACAGCAUCCAGAGAGAGAGCAACGCCAACCUGUCCCACAGAGCUGCGAGUGAUCACUACCUCAUCGGUAACAACAUCACGGUGGCCGUUCUGGGCAUCGUCAUCCCCAUCGUCCCUAUCCUUGCCACAGUGGUCAUUGGCCUGCUCUGCACCGGCGGCUACCUGGUCUGGCGCAACUGGCGGCGGAAGAACACCAAGAGCAUGAACUUCGACAACCCCGUGUACCGCAAGACCACGGAGGACGACGACGACGAGAUCCACAUCGGCCGCCACAGCGAGUCCAUCGGCCACGUCUACCCAGCAGUGAGUGGCGGCCACAGUCAGCCCUUCAUAGCGCUGCCCCUCGGCGGCGGCAUCACAGACAGCAACUCGCACUGGUACUCAGGGGCCCCGAUGCUCUCCAGCGGGAAGUGAGCGGGGCGGCGGCGGAGAGGAAGGUGCUCGGCAUUUGGCACGACGUGCUGGGGUUUGGAGGAGCCCGCUUGGUCCUCGGUGUCGGCCUGGGGAGGAGGGGGGCCAGGCUCGCACACGCACACGUCCACGCACACGUCCACGCACACACACGCACACGUCCGCGCACAGACACACGCACAUGUCCACGCACACGUGCCUCACACGUCCACCCACACGUCCACGCACAGACACACACACACGUCCACGCACACGUCCACGCACACACGCCCACGCACACUUCUACGAUUUGCAGUAAUCACACACAGGUUAUCAGCCCCAUCACCAAUGCACCGCGCUCACGUCAUUCACCUGCACCGGCCAUAAUCAUACAGUACACACAUGUAUCAGCCAUCGCAUCCUUCAUACUGUUCUGCGUUAGUUAGUUUGUUUGAUCGUUGAAGUGUUGGGAGACGUUUGUUUUAAUAGACCUCUUGUUUUAGAAUAACACUAUAAAAAGACGUUUGCUGGACUAAGGAGAGAUGUGACUAAGGAGAGAUGUGACAACGUCUUUUUAUGGAUAACACCAUAAAAAGACGUUUGCUGGACUAAGGAGAGAUGUGACACGAGUAUUAUGCUGGCAACAGAGUCAAACGUUGCCUUUACGGACGGUGACAAAGCUGAGUAAAAGGACAAAACCUGAAUACAUUCAGGUUAAAGCGUUGUCGCUCUUUUGAGCUUUUUAUCCUGCGUUGCGAUGGAAAUGCAACAUAAAACGUGAAAAACGAGCACAAAUCAGGACCAAGGACAAUUCAAAACUGAGUUCAUCUUAUUCAAGCUGCACUAGAAACCAUGAAUAUCAGUCUUGCACAAAGUCGAUUAUCCUCUUGAUUUUAUCUUUUUUUUUUGGCAGUUAUAAUUUCCACCCGCCCGGGAGACGGUGGCCACUGUGAUUUGCAUUCAGACGCGCCUAAAUUAGGGGCUGUCAUCAGGACAAUUUGGACAGUUACUGGAUAGUUUUGUUGUUUUAGGUGUUGGAGAGCAAACAGGGAAGGGCAGCCAAAGCGGAGUUUGGGGGGAUGGGAGCGUAGCGCUUUGAUCGGUUGGCAUGGUAACACAGAUUUCUUUGUGUUGCUCAGGAGAAAAAAGGAGGCAAAAGAAUUCAGGGAAUCAUUGGCAUGAUGACAGGCUGGAAGCACACACGCACGCACACACACACACACACACACACACACACAAUAGGUGCACAACUGCAUUAUAUUAAGAUUCAAGGUCGAAGGAACAGCAGCCCUCAGGUAACGGCUGCAGAGAAGGAACCGCGCUCUCUCCUCCACAUUUCAUCAUUCACUUUUGCUGAAAUGAUUUUACUGUCUUUAAACCUGGCUCUGUUGUUUCGCUGCGCCACUGUCAUUUCCUUCUCCUUCCGUUUGGGCCAAUAUGGCAACUCAGACAGCCAGGGAAACCAGGUUGGCGUUACAGUAUGUGGGCCAGACAUGCGCCGCCGUAGGCGAGCUUCCUCCGCUCCUCGUAUGGAAACAGCCGGGGAAGGAGGCGACGAACAAAGGGGGGAGAUUGAGCAAGGUCGAGGGAAGGAGAGAGAAAGUCAGGAAGGAAACGGCGCCGGCGCUUUGUCCGCUGCGCUGCUCACUCUUCUAUCUUCUUCUCUGUCUGCCCUUCAUCAGCCCACUGUAGUAACCGUUUUUUAUCUGCUGUUUGCAGCGCGUGGCACUCAGUCUGGAAGAUGAUGGCUAUCCCUGAGGAGGAGGGGGAUUACUGUACAGUCUGACCCCCCCCCCCUCACCGCUGCAGCGAGGCCGGUGCACCGGAGGAGAAAGAGGAGUCCUGUCUUGUUGCCUGUAGCUCCGCUGCCUCUUUCCCCCCACAGUAACAUUACUAGCACAACUAGCCUCUACUUCUUCCCUUCGUCGCCUCUGCUCUCCUCUCGUCUCUCCACCUGUUUAGCAGUAGUGGUGUGUUGAAUGCUGCUUGAUUAUGUUGUCUGAACUAACCUCAUCCGGCCGCCUCAGUGCACAUUGUAAAUAGAAGGCUGCCUGGCAGAGGAAACGCCAGCAUGCGUUAUUUUUAAUUCCUCAUAUUCAGACUUAAUUUAUUUGUGUGUGUUUUGCUGUAAAUAUGUAAUCACUGAAAGUAGCAGAAGUGGAUUUGUCCAUGUUUUCCAGGAUUCUUCAAGGAUGUUGUUAUUUAUUUCGUAGUUCCCUUUAUAGCUCGAGUUGACAAGACAGAUUUUUUUUAAAGGGCAGUGUCAUCUUUUUUUUCCUGGCACCCGGGAGAGGUGAGGCUAAAUACGGCCAAGGGGAGAGGAGGCAGAUAAAGCGAUGGCGUUGUCUGCAUGUGUGGAGGUGAUUCCAGGGCGAAAGACUAACAGGGUUUUGUUUUGCUUUGAGGGGAAUGGAAGGAUGUGUGUGCCAUCGGAGGGUAGCGCCUCAGGGCACGGAGCAGCAGGGUGGAAAAGACAGAGGAUUAUGGGUAAUCCUCCCACCUGCUGUCAGAAGUAUGCGUACAGCUGAUAAUGAACUUGGGAUUGUUUUCUUAUUUGCUUUACCUGUUAGAAUUCAUUUUGUUUUUUAGGAUUUUUGUUAUAUAUUCAGUUUUUUGUGUGUGGAGACUAAAACACAGAAAUAACACCUUCAUUGGAUUCUGCUGAUACAGUAUGUGACUGAACCGGAAUCAUAGAGCAAAAGUCUUUAGAAUUAUUUAGGGUGUACAAAGAAAUGAAGGCUAUAAUUGUGAAGUAUUAGAAAGCAUCAGGAGGAGUUUGCUGCAUCGGUUUAAUCCGUAUCUACUGCUGUCUGACUUUCAAACUGAAGAACAAAAGGCAAAUUAGUGUUUAGUUUUCAGCUUCACACGACACUUUUGAUCGGUUUCUGCUGCUCUCAUUAUAUAUUAUUCUAUUUCCCACGACAUCACCUCCCUCCUAUUUCACCACAGACGCUGCUGUUUGCUCCCUAACUUCAGUGCCCGUGUUCCAGUGGUGGCAGAUUCAGAGCCAGAUCACUGCCACCACCCCCCCACCCCCCCACUGUUCCCACAUGUGUAACGCCCAGAGGAGAUGGUGUGGAAAACAAGCCCACGUUCGGGAGGAAUCCCGCUCUGCCGCCGCGGCCGCGUGACGUUCAGUGAAACGCCGAGCGCUGAUUUGAUUUGAGUGCUGGAUAGAGAGGAAACGUGUGAACCGGCGUAAAGAGUUGAUCUUCCAAUGGUUUGCCACAGACAUGCUUCCAGUCCACUGAAUCAGAUGCAAUAAUUGUGCAUAAUGUCUUGUAAUUGUGCAUUUCCAGAAGCUGUUAUGGCAGAAAUCCCACAGUAGCUCUUUGUGGCUGUGAUGGCAGAUUAACUCCUCUAUUUGGGGAAUAAUUUAACCCUAGUGAAACCCUCUUUGACUGUGUUCGGCAUUAAAUAGAUCAGUCUUAACUAUCCAAACUAUAAAACCCUUGUCUUCCAUGGUUGGAAUAACAUACCAGCGCUUUUGUUUACCUCCCAUCUUUCCAUAAAUCUGAUGUGACUAAAUAAUAAGCAAAAAAGGAUUAAGGCAGACACCGUCUUCCAUCACAGGCUCAGUGGAGACUUAGCAUAUGUAUUGACUCAGCGAUACAGGAGAAUUGUUGAUUACAUGUAGGUAUUACUGGUUUUUGUGUAGAUGCUGGAAGGGAGGCAGACAUGACGGGAGGCCGGUGUUUGUCCAGCUGAUUUCCUGCUGACGUUGUGUGUGGGUGUUGAUGCUUGGCCUCCUCACGUCGUGCAGUAUGUGAGGAGUUAGACAGGUGGAGUGUGGCCCUCUGCAGCACGGCGCCGUCCUCUACGCGGCCCCCAUGAAGCAGGAUCGGGCACAAAAUGGAGGUCACCUCGCUGCAUCUUCAUUUUGUUCAGAGAAACAGGAAUACAAUCCAUUACACAGCGGGGAAGGCGGAGACACACUGAGGCUCCAGCCACGCUCCGUUCCUGGCAGGGUUUGAGUUUGACAUUAUAAAAGCCUUCGAAUGGACACAGCUGCAUUUUGACAGAUCACAAUGGAAAAUGUCAUUAAUCGUCACUAUAUCUGACGGAAAUGCUGCAGAUGAUGCAUAAGGUCAUACACAGGAUACAGUAUUUAUAUAGGAUGAACUGAAUUGUAGCCGUGAGCUGAGUCAGCGCUGCACACCGUGGCUGCUUCAGGUUCACGUGGAGCCUGUUGUGGCGUUUGCAGUAGCUCCUCUGUUGCCAGAGAGGAGCUACUGCGUUAGUGCUCAGUUAGCAUCACCGUAGGUUAACGACUGGAUCAGCCUGACAGUUUAGUUCGUGUACUUGUGUUAAGUUAUUUGGUUUGCACUGUUUGUGACACUUACUUUAGCACAGUGUGUAGUGAAUCUACUUGAAGUCUCAGUAUUAACCCAGUAGCUGCUGCUGAAAGCGUGUUAGCCUGACGUUGCUACGCGCUAACCUGCGUGGAGCCGGUCUGUGCAUAGAGCCGGUAACACACUGAUGACACUGUCUCCCUGACGUCGGCCUGCUGAUGCAAUGAUGAUAUCUGAGUCGCACUGACGCAUUCGCAGUUCAAAAUAAUGAACUAUCAAGUAGAUUUGUUGGAUUUAUUCUAACAAAUCAUAAUGCACAAUGUUUUAACUUUCUAACACAUUCCAUACUAAUGACUACUGAGGAUGCUGCGUCUGGUUUACACUGUUAGAUGAUCACGCUUAGGUCAAUACUUGCACUCCUGAUAACCCACAACCUAACAAAAGCUGUAAUUGUGCUGCUCCUGGUUUGUGCUCCAUGGUUUCCUGUCCUUUCUUGUCUCUGCUAGCGCUCUGCUAACCAAACCAUUUCUGAGCAGAGAUUCUGACCUGUGCUGCAUUAACUGACCGCUUUCUAUCAUCUCUCACAUCUCUCCUACACUUGACGGCUUCAUGCACUGUAACUCUGAGGCUUCAGGUCUCUUCAUGGUUGUUCCACUGCUGAUUUGUAGUCUAGAGCGUCGACGACUCCUGCGCCACCCAUCUUCAUCUUACAUCAUCAUCCUCUUUCCUUUGGUAAGGGCUAUGAGUGCUUGGGUAGGCAGAUACAGACACACUGGAGGACCUGAUUCAACUGAAACCCCCCAAACACCAAGGAAGCCCCCAGAGCGGAGAACAAACCUUCCUGACUGUGAACCAGCAAACAGGCGUCAGCCCCUCCGGCUACAGAUCUGGACCCUCAUUGACUUGACUUUGCUUGGCUGGUCUUCUCUCCUGUCGACCCAGUGACUUUCCUGCAUCAGCUGGUUCCUCUAACUAUCGUGAUUUUUUUCUUCUGGACUGUUGUAAGUGAGUUGUACUUGUUCUCUGUCUCUCUCCUCAACACUCCAUUCCCAGUUUUUGAAGGACUUGAUGUUUGAUUACUUGAACGGCAAAACUGAGUCACCUACAUUUUUGUAACCCGUCAGCGAAGUAACGAAAGUUUCCAGGGGAGAAAACGACGACGGGGAAGCUGUGAAAUCUGUUUGUGUGAACCUUUUUACUGGGUGGUGAUGAUGAUGUAUAAGGGCAACAUUUUGAUAAGCAAACCAUUGGCUGUAGUUGCUCCACCUGCAUUUUCCUGUCUUGACUUGCGAGAACCUUUCCGAACCCACCGGGCCCUGUCCAUUCCACAGCCAUACGACAGGCAUUUUUUUACGCUGUUUGUUGCACAAAACCUUUCAAGAAGCCUUCUGCACUGUGUAAAGAGGUAACGUUCUUAAGAGGGAGGAAAACAACAAAAAAAACGGGAGGGGGGCGAUCCAAUGGUACGGUCCAAUGGUUUUGAAUCAUGACUUGUAAAUACGUUUUCAUACAGUAAAAACCUUUUUGAUAAUGUUUUAAUGUAUCUGUAAAGACGUUGUACAUAAACCUCUGGGGUAAAAAGGAGUGUAGACUAUAUAUGAAUUUAUUUGUACACAAGAGCACUGGAUUUCUUUACUACUUGAUUGUAACUAAAAAUUAAUACUCUGCCAAAGUGUUUCUGUUUUACUUUCCAUUUGUUCUGUUUUCCCUUGGUUUCUUUGCUCUUUAACAGCGCCGCAGACUUCUAGCGUUCACCCUGUAUUUAAUUCCGUUGAAUAGGUUUCGUUUUCGUGCGUGUUUUUUCUUUUUUUGAGGGGUUGUUUUAAUUUAUUGGUGCCUCGUUUUGUGCUCCUGUAAACCUUCACUCUUUCCGUUUCUCCGUCUUACGUGUCUGCUGGAAGGGAAACGCUCGUGGAGAGGGACGGGGUGGGGGGGUCGUAGAACUAAGCAUCUUCUGUACUUACAUGGAACAUCUGUACUGUAUGCCAAAAUGGUCUCACUCACGUUUCUAUGAAAUCAAGCUGUUGAUAAAUAUCUCUAUAUAUUGAUAUAUUAAAUUUAUAAAAAUUG